AUCCCCUUCAGCAUCAGAACUAAUGCGGAAAAGGGGAAGAUCAUUAAGAUCAAGCUCAGGCGAAGACAGUUACACGUCCGGAGUGAAAUGUGGGAGGUUUUGCUGAAGACUAUGUUUCAGAAUGGGAUAUUUGUAGAUUAGAAUCUUUUGGAAUCUUUUAUGUUGGAAAAGCAACAGAAUUGUCUGAGUUAUAUGAAUUAGCCCUGAAAGACUUGUAUUUGGUACCUAGGUAUCAAAGUUAAACCGAGUCCGUAGGACAAUAUCAUUUUAACGAUAGAACGUUCUAUCUAGGUAUCAAAGAUCAUGCUGCAUUGUGGUCUAAUCUGGAAUUUCUGGUGGAAUCAACGAAAAAUUGCUUGCAGAGCUUAGACAUCGAUGAAGAAUUUUCUGAACUUGAUUCAAUGGGUCUAUUUGUUGUUGUAAAAGAAAGCGAAAAAUGUUUACAAGCAAUAGCAAAAAUUAAAGAGGAAAUGUCAACAAAAGGAUCUACAUCAUCAGUGGAUUAUCUCUCCUGAUUUAUCUUUCCUGUUACAUUUAUAGAACUUAAAAACUUUGGCACAUUUUUAGCAUUUGGCAUACUGGAAUUUUGGAGUACGUUGAGUAUUAUUCUGACCUAAUAAAAGAAUUGAGGUUUCGUGGAAGAUGUGGAGUGGAAGGGGAAUUCAGUCAGCUUCUAAUAUUCUUCAGCAAGAUAUUCCUGUUGAAUGCUAUGGUUAUGAAGGUUUAGAGGGACCUGUGGGGUCCACAGGGUUACCCUGGAUGUAAUGAGACAAAGAGACAAAAGGUAACCCUGGAGUUGAUGGACUGCCAGGAAAUCGGGGGCCUCAGGGUGUAUCAGGUUUACCCGGACCCAAGGGAAAUCCUGGAGAUGGAUUUUAUGGAUUUGUUUCAAAAGGUGAUCCGGGUAAUCCUGGACAAAGGGGUCCUAGUGGUGAUCCUGGCAUUCCAGGUCGACCUGGACUCCCUGAGCCUUUUGGCCCUCCAGGUCCUAGGGGGCCGACUGGAAUUCCAGGAGGUAACCGGGCCAAAGGGAAGCAUGGGAGACCAGGUUAGAAAUCCCCCCAAAGGUGAAAAGGAAGAGGUAGGAUUACCUGGUCUCAAAGGUCCUAAAGGCUCCAUCGCAACUUUACCAGGAAACAAACUGAACGAGAUUCUGAUGGAAGAAAAGGGGUAGAGCCAGGUGAGGGAGGAAGACCUGGAAGACCCAGAUUUAAUGGAAUGAGUGGUGAUCCGGGAUUUCCAGGUUUGCCAGGUGAUAAAGGGCCUUUUGGGAUGCCUGGAAUGCAAGAAAUGAGGGAAUGCAAUGAUGGGGGGAUCAUUUUGACUCUUUAUUUGCCCUUAUUUUUAUUGCGAUUUUAAUUUUAUGUCUUAGGU